AUCCCCAUUUUGGAGCCUGUAUCUGAUUUGUGAUCUGAUACGUGCAGAUCUUAUCACUCACAAAUAUAAGGCCCCAGCACUGCCAUAACAAACAUCUCUGUCUGAAAUGCGCUUCAUGAUGUCUCUGGUCAGCAUCACUCUCAUCAGCAGCAUUCUUCUGAGCCUGUUUCCUCACACUUCAGCAGCAUACGGGCCGCUGAACUAUGCCUGCUGUGUGAAAUACACUCGAAAACCUCUGCCCUUCGGUGUGAUCAAGGGCUUCAUCGAGCAGAGCUCCCGCGAGGUGUGUCGCAUAGAUGCCAUCAUUUUCUUCACCAAGACCAACAAGAAGGUGUGUGCGAGCGUUGAGGAUCAGUGGGUGAAAGCAGCGCUGGCACGUCUGAGGUCCAAAAUAGCUAAAUUGUCAGACAAGAGAUCUCAGCGCCUCACCACUGUUGGACUGAAAAAUACGAAUCCCAGAACCACCACCCACAGCCCAUAAAGCAUUUGAAGAAAAAUAAGCAUUUAAACAACAAUAUGAUGGCAGAUUCUUUUAAUUAUCCUCUUUUCUGACUAGUCAUCCUUGACAAUGACAAACUCUUGUAUUCUAUAUUUUUGUACUCACUUUUGUAUCACACAAAAUGUAUAAUUCAGUGUGAGGUACUGUACAGAGUGUCUUCAACAGCAAUACUGAAAAAAA